AUGUCCAAGUCUCAGUACUACUACAUGAUGGUGAACAAAUGUGCUCUGCCAUGUCCACACAUGGCACUCAGUCUGACUGGAGCAGUCCUACUCAUCAUAGUAUUUGGUCUACUACCGAAAGAGAUAACGCCCAAGAUGGAGAUCAUAAUAUCCUUUGCUCUCUGUUCCAUCCCACUUUCAAUCUCAUACAUUAUGGCUGGAUCACAAGAGACAUACUGUGGCAAAGACAAGGGAUGGAUGGUACAGAAGGACGCACUUUGUGGAAUCAAUGGCACUUUGGUACAGUUCGGUGCACUGGGGAUCAUCUUUUGGUGGGCCUACAUGUGUUAUGACUUCUUCAUGUCGAUCAGGAAUGUAAAGAAACCAUGGCCAUUCAUGUAUCAUCGUAUACUUAUUUGGGGUGCACUGGUACUACUAUGUGCUAUCCCUCUUGCUGGCAACCAAAUGCUAACCAAUCCCAAGACCAUUGGAUGCUGGCUCCACCGUAGCUUUUAUUGGCAACUUGUUUGUUUCCAUAUUCCAUCUUGGAUAUGUUUGAUAUUCAUUAUUUACUCGACUGUCUACUCAGUCUUCAAGGUUUACUCUAUGUACAAGAUUGUCGAAUCAAAAUCCAUGUUGUACUAUAAUGUCAAGCACGUAAUCAUCAUGAUAACAGUAUUGUUCAACUUUGUAUUUGUGGUAUCAUUCAACUUUGUAUCGAUUGCAAAGAAUAAUGUUUAUAACAAUACGUUGCAGAGUUGGGUAAGAUGUUUGGCGAUCAAUGGAGAAGAGAACUGCGAGUUGGACUUGCCAGACUUUAUUCUACGUAUACUUGUCACCAUAGCCACUACUGAUGGUGGCCUAUUAGGUUUCUUGGCCUAUGGCCUCGAGUACAACAACAUCAAGAUGCUCAAAUCAUCCAGAUUCUAUGGAUAUUUAACUUCAUCUAUAAGUAGUGGUAGUAGUACAACUGGAAGUAGUAGUGGAAGUGGAAGUGGAAGCGACUCAAACAAAGGGAUUCUUAACAAUAAUGGCAAUGAACUUAAUGGUGGAAGGGAACGUCUUCCAUCAAUCAAGAUGCACAAUAUUGACAAUAACAACUUUGGUGUACCGAACAACGAAUCAAAAGACCAUUAA